AUGGAUCAUGUGAUCCCUCAGCUUGACGGAACCUACAAGUUCGACGCAAUGCACGACGUCGUUCACAUCGAUAAAAAGUGGUUCUACGUGAAGAAGAUCGGCCAGCACGUGUACGUGCUCACAGGGAAAGAUGGAUGCCCUACAGAAGAGCCUCCGGUCCAGGCUGUUCAAAGCAAGCGUUACAUUACCAAAGUCAUGUUUCUCUGUGCGGUUGCACGUCCACGCGGUGGUUGGGACGGUAAGGUCAGCAUUUGGCCGGUUGUGGAGACGUACAUUACUCAGCGACGGAGUGUCAAUCGUCCGGCUGGUGUUGAAGAGACACGUCCUGUGUCGAUAACACGGGAUAUAUCGCGUCGAAUUCUGGUUAAUGACGUCAUCCCAGCAAUUAAAGCUAAGUGGCCGCAAGACCAGAAGCACCUACCGAUAAAGAUUCAGCAGGAUAAUGCGCGUCCUCAUGUCCUGGCGGACGAUCUCGAGGUAGCCGCGGCGGGAUGCGCUGACGGCUGGGCGAUCAAGCUUGUGAAUCAGCCCGCUCAGAAUCCUGAUUUGAAUUGCCUCGACUUGGGCUUCUUCGCCAGCAUUCAGUCGCUUCAGUCCAAGACGAUACCCCGAACACCGGACGAGCUGAUCAAGGAGGUGCUGCAAUCGUUUCAAGCGUCUACGGCUGUCUCGCUCAACAAGACUUUCCUAACUUUGCAGCACGUCAUGGAGCAGAUACUGAAGAAUGAAGGCCGCAACAACUAUCGACUCGGGCAUUUGCACAAGGAAAAGCUGAUACCAGGCGGCUGCAGCACUCUCCUUCUCGAUAUCGACAACUCCCGUUGA